AUGGCGGCCCCUAGUAUGGGCAGUGAUUUCCAACUCUUCUCUCCCGCACAGUCGAGGGGUAGGAAGAGUUCCCAGGGCGACUCCGGCUCGGAUGAUACAGGGCAGGAUUGGACGGAAUGGAUGAGAUGGGAUGAGCAGGCUUUCCCAGACAACAAGAACUUGCCGUUAUCGCCGUCUCUCACAUCGCCACCCUUCUCUGAUGGGAAUAAGAGUAUCGACCUCUUCCCAUCUGGGGACUUCUCUCCCAGCAUUCCCAUUGACUGUACGAAUAUCUCUUUCGAACCUUUCCCAGCGCAGGACCGUAGCGGCGUUCUCUCUACCCAAAGCUUUUUUCAAGAUGGCAUAGAUACCUUUUCGGCAAACUCUGUUGUAUCCGGAUCUCCUCUCUCGACAGGCGCUGGGCAAAAGCGUAAGUCAGGGAGCGACGACGACGGAUCAGCUGGCAGUGGCAUGGUACAGGAGGUAAAGAAGGUACCGUCUAAGAAACGAGCCCACAAUGUCAUCGAGAAGCGAUAUCGUGCGAACUUGAAUGAGAAAAUAGCAGAGCUUAGGGAUAGUGUUCCCAGUCUGCGAGCGUCUAAGGGGAACGGGGUUCUGGACGACGAGGAUGAGGGUGUCACGCCGGCAAACAAACUGAACAAGGCUUCUAUUCUUUCAAAAGCGACAGAUUACAUUCGGCAUCUGGAGACCCGAAAUAAGCGCCUGGAAGACGAGAAUACCGCCUUGAAGGUUAGACUUCGCGAAUUGGAAAAGGUGGCCGAUCAAUCCUUGACAUCCGCAGCCUCUGUCUCGUCGCCUAGCAACUAUACUGUUUCUACCGAGUCCGCAGGAAGCUCGUCUCCCAGUAUUUUCUCGAAUCCGGAAGAAAGUCCCAUUGAGCCUUCGUCGUCGUCCUCUCGUCCCGCAGCAGGGAUGAUUCAGUUACCGGACUCGUUUAAACGCAUGCGCACCGAACAAUCCAAAGACAACCUUUGGUCGCAGUCUUAUAUGCAGUGUCCGAGUUCAAACAGCGUGUCUACUCAAUCUGGAAACGGUCGUCGGCGGUCAUACUAUCCGAAUAAGUACGUUCUCGGUACUCUAGCCGGACUUAUGGUUUUCGAGGGCCUGGGCAAAGAGAAAGAAACCGACUCAACCGCCAAAGGCUUGUUGGCCAUCCCAUACAAUUACUUCAGGAAUGUUGAAGUCCCACCCCUUUUCUAUGAGAUAAUGGGCCGGAGUUUCUGGUCGUCCUGGCAUGCGAAAGCCAUCCUACAUUUCCUCUUCCUUGCUGUUCUCGUUGUUGGGUCAGCUUUCAUUGUGUUCGUAUAUCUGUUCAACUCAGGUCCGGGGCACCAGAACUCGUCCAAGCUGUCAACCCCAGGUGUCAUGCUCUCCUCGUCAAAUUUCAGACGCCAAGCGUGGUUGACCAGCAUCCAGCGAGUUGGGGUCCCAAGGCAUCGGUUUUUCCACGAAUGGUAUGUCGUGACUUCACGUUGUUUUGAAUACGUUCUACGGUGUCUGCUAGGAUGGAAGCUAUAUUCCUCCAUCACUGGCAUCACGGAAGAGGAUGAGAAGGGCCGCGUUAAAACUUGGGACAUUGCAAUUGACGCACAACUCUCUGGCGGAGAUGCUGAAAUCAGCAAAAGCCGACUGGUGCUUACGAUCUUCGCUGCAGGAACUUUACCGCGGAGUCCCAUGAGGAUGAUGCUUAAGGCACUCCACUGCCGCAUCCUACUAUGGAGAGUCGGUGUUCCCGGUCAGUGGAGCUAUCGAGUGUCUAACGAUGUUGCCCGUUCGCUUGCGAAAUAUCAGUGGGACCUGGCACGGAAGAUGAAUGCAGCACUGCCAAAAGACCACGAGGAUGCACUUCCGCCCCAUCUCGAAGCUUUACUUCAGUGUGAAAGUGAGGACGUGAUGAUCGAUAGCAUCACUCAAAGGGCGGCCAAUUUGACCUGGAAUGAUCCUACACAGGAAGGAUCCGAUGGCGACGACGCUUUUCUGGACGUGGUGGAAGAGGAUCCGGCAAUCCAGUCUUCUCUAGAUGCACUUGCGGCAUGGUGGUCCUCUCACCUUCUACAGCGAGCUCUUCUCAAGUAUUUUGAGGCUAGUGCUCGCGGACCGGAUGCAAAAAAGAGCCGUGACAUGUUCAAGGCUAAAAUUCAACUCGCUCUUGACGUGGCACCACAGCCUUCUGCCGCUCAUACCCGCGCCCUGGUCAUGAUGGCGGUGUUCUUUGAGCAGGACCGGGUCAAGAACAUUGGGGCCGUUCUUGCCGCACUGCCAAAGGAGAAGUCCAAAAGCAAACAGAACCAGACGUUCAACUUUCUGGAUUCGUCACUCCCGGUAUCUGUCCGCGAGGAGAUUUCUAUCGCAGUUCGUUGCGCCAUGAUUGCCGCGAUAUUCACCGCACGGUCCCGCCAUGACAAUUCACUUCCCGAGUCAUUUACCAUGGAGAAAGCCGUGACUUGGUUUGAUCAGCUGCCGCUGGAUCCCGUUGAUUUGACACUUCUUGGUUUCUCCGCUGUCUACCACUUGCUUCACGUCCUCGCAUCGGAUACGGGCUACUUGUCGUCGUCGGACUCGUCGCGACCAUCCUCACCUAUGCUUAAAGAUUCAACUCUUGGAGAUUCGUCCGAUGAUGCGGAAGAUGAGGCAGAAGAAUCAAUUACGCACAGGAAAGAAACUGCGCCUGAGCCUGUACCGCUUAUCGGUCGAGUUGCGUCUGAGCUCAUGUACUGGGCUCGCAAUGCCUACAAUCCAACCUUCUAUGGCUUCACCUCAGAUCUUGUUCGAGUCAUCGAGGAAGAAUGUACUUCUCUAUGCCACGGCGCUGGAGUCGACGUUGCAGACUACUCCCGACUUCAUCAGGAAAGGUUGAAGGCGAGUCGUCGCAAAGAUAAACGAAAGGCCAAAUCACGGUUGUCAAAAGAACGCGCUACGCCGCCUGCUGAAACUCAUCUGGCUGCAAAGCCAGCGGCUAGUGCUAGUCCAAGUGACUUUCCAUGCCCCCUAAAAGACCAACCUGCGCUUGUGGGAGAGUCCAUUGCAGCGGGGAGGGAACGGACCUAGUGUGAUGUAUACUCUAUAAUGUAUCCCUAAUGGCGUGUUACACUGGCUGUAGAUCUUUGGUGUAUAGGAACUGGGUGGGUAAUCCGGAAGGGCGUUAUGGGCAAAAAGCGAUAUCUUCGCUCAACAAUAUGAGUUUGCGUUUUCAGCCAACUACUCUAACUUCGUGCUAGAGACAGAAAUACAGCGUUACAAUCACGCAGUC